AUGUUCCGACGGAAGAAGGAACCUGUCACGACCGAAGCAGUUGUCAAUGUUGAUUCCAACAACGAUCCUCUAGCUGAGGUGCCCAAGAGUUUCUGGGAGCGCCUCUGGCCCGUCUUGGCUUGCGGUUCAGGGCUUUUCUCCGACGGCUACAUUAACAAUGUCAUUGGUUCCGUUUCCACCAUGCUCUCGACCAUCUACGGACCGGCCUAUACCAAUUCCUCCGCCAAGAAGAACGUCUCGUCCAUUACCUUCGCUGGUACCGUGGCGGGGACCCUGGUGUUUGGCUACCUUAGUGACAAGUGGUCGCGCAAGAAUGCGCUCCUCCUAUCCACCAUCAUCCUGAUUGUCUUCGCCGCGCUCGGUGCCGCCUCCUACGGAUACCAUGGCAAUCUCCAGGGCAUGUUCGCAGCUCUGACCGCCUAUCGUUUCCUGGUCGGGGUGGGGAUUGGAGGAGAGUACCCCGCUGGGUCGGUAGCUUGCUCUGAGGCGAGUGGGGAAUUGAAGAGUGGAUCGCGGAAUCGCUGGUUCAUCCUCUUCACGAACGUGAUGAUCGACUGGGGAUUUGUGAUCGGUGCUUUCGUCCCAUAUCUUCUGGUCGUCAUCUGUACCGAGAAGCACUUGCGCCUUGCCUGGAGAAUCUCCUUGGGAUUGGGUGUUGUUCCCCCAAUGCUGCUUCUUUGGCUCCGAGUCAAGUUGAAGGAGCCCGAAGAGUUUAAGAGAGAGUCCAUGAAACACGUCAAGAUCCCCUACCUCCUCAUCCUCAGGUUCUACUGGUGGCGGUUGUUGGUUGUAUCUUUGAUAUGGUUUAUCUACGAUUUUUCGACAUACUCCUUCGGCAUUUACUCCUCGACCAUUGUUGACACCAUUCUCUCCUCUGGGAAACCGGCUUCCUACACCGCACCACUUUCUAGAUCAUUUGGAUGGAACACGGUCAUUAAUCUGUUCUAUAUCCCAGGCGCCAUGGGUGGUUCCUUUUUCUCCGAUUGGAUUGGCCCACGCUGGGCUCUUGCAUGGGGUAUGUUCGCCCAGGGAAUCGUCGGAUUUAUCAUGGCGGGUCUCUACAAACAAUUGUCCGAGCCCAAGAACAUCGCUGCUUUCGCCGUCGUCUUUGGCAUCUUUCUGUCCCUCGGCGAAGUCGGUGCAGGUGACAACAUCGGUCUGGUCGCGUCUAAGACCUCUGCGACUGGCGUCCGCGGUCAGUACUACGCCAUCGCUGCAGCCUUUGGCAAGAUCGGUGCCUUCGUCGGCACCUACGUCUUCCCGUACAUCGAGGCUGCGGGUGGCAACGACGUAACCUCUGCGCAGUACCCCUUCUAUGUCUCGAGCUCCCUGUGCAUAUUCAGCGCCGCGUUGGCCGUCUUCUGCCUGCCGAGUAUUGGCCAGGACACCAUCACCUACGAGGAUCUGAGAUUCAGGGAGUAUCUGGAGAGCAAAGGCUGGGAUACCAGACAGCUGGGGUUGUUGAAGGGGGAGAGCGUAGAGAGCAGAGCGGCUGCCGAAAUAGUAGGGGCGGAGAAGAACUUCUAG